AUGUCGGAGAGAUCGAGUUAUAGAAUAACGGUAUCUUCUUUUAAUCAACUGGAGUCUUUAGCUAACUAUCAGCCUUACUGUGAAACACCGAAAUGUCAAAGUUUUCAAGAAUUACAAAUAGAUACUGAUGGGGAAGAAAAUCCUCUUUAUUCAAAAAUUAAUGAUAAACAAAAUCCGUUUCCUGAUUAUUCGCCGGUUUUAGAAACUGUCCAAAAUCUAGCAGGUGAAUGGGGAACUCACAGAUUUGAUAAAGAAGCCUGGUACAAAAGUAAGCCAUUUGCUGUUGUGAAGCAGAACAGGAGAAAUAUAUCAUACGAAGAUACUUCUGAAGAUGAAAAUGAAGAAAUUAGUAAUGAAUAUGAAGAAACUAUAGAAGAAUCAAGUGUAUUAACUGAUGAUAUGAUUAAAGCUUCUUUGUCUUAUUUGGAAAGGUCUCCUAUAGUGUUGAAAUACGUCCUUUGUAAAUGUGUAUUGUCAAACAAGGAUUUACGUGACAUUAAUGGAAUAAAAUAUUACCAUUACAUACAGUAUCUGGAUAUUUCUAAAAAUGAUUUGACCAGCUUGGCUGCACUAUCCCAGUUGCCAUUUUUGCAAUAUUUGGAUGCAUCGUAUAAUUACUUAGAAAAUGUACUGGACUUUAAAGCCCCUUUUUUCUUGGCAAGUGUUAACCUCUCCCAUAACUUGAUCAGAAUCAUACCGGAUCUGACCGAGUUUUGGUCAUUAACUGAUUUAAAUUUGUCAUACAAUAGUAUUGAAAAAAUAAGCGGUCUGGAGAAUUUAAGGUUUUUGAAUUAUUUGGACCUAUCACACAAUAAAAUAUCGGCACUUGAAAAUUUGAAUUACUUGCGGAUACAAAUAUUAAUUUUACAUCAUAACCUUAUUGACAGCAACAAUGUGGAUGAUGAUCCAGUUCUUUUUAAGACGCUGGAUUAUAUACGUUUGGUAGAUUUAUCCCACAACAAUAUUAGUUCUUUAGAAAUGUUCCAAAAUGCUAGUUAUAUAGAAGGCAUCGACAUGAGCAAUAACAAUAUAUCUAGUUUAUUAGAACUAUAUCAUUUAUGCAAUUUAAGAUAUCUUUCAAGGUUGAAUUUGAUGAACAAUCCAGUUACAACAAUGAAGUACUAUUUCAACGUGUGCGUGGAGAAUAUAAAACAUUUGAUAAUCUUGGAUGGAAAGAAAAUAUGUCCAGAGAAACGAAUUCAUAUUACUAAUACUUUUACUCCAUUAUUUCCUGGAAAAGUAUCUCACGCAGAACUUAUGUUACUUCAACAAAUUAACUAUCCCAAUAUUGAUUCAUUCUUACUGCCAAUUAAUCAUCCCCAUCCAAUUAUUAUUGUUUUAGUGGGACCACCUGGAUCUAGAAAAAGUUAUAUCGCAAGAAAGUUCUGCAGGACGAAUAAAAUGCUGGUUUAUGGGGUAAGUUAUACGACUAGACCUAGAGUAGAAGGUGAAGUUGAGGGUGAAAAUUAUUAUUUUAUUACUACUGAAGAAUUUAGAAACUUAGCUCGUACUGGAAAGUUCAUCGCUGUGUCCGAAUUUAACGGACAUUCGUUUGGAAUCGCAUACGAAGAAAUAUAUAAAGCAGUGGAUAAGAUUUUGGUAUUUCAUUCCGAUAUAACUGCCGCUGUAACUUUGAAGACCAGAGCUGUCAAUCCGAAACUUGUUCUAGCGAUCCCGAAAAGUGAGCUUAUCCAUUUGAAAUGGUUAAGGGAGAAAUAUUUUUUCAAUGAAACGUAA